UUGCUUGGAGCCGCCUUUGCACUCCCAGUCAAUGGCAGAGCAGUUUAUAGUUGUUUGUUUUGUACCUCUGAUGACCAAUGCUCUUGGCAGCAAGAGGAUAUAUCCCAUGAUACCCUCUGUCAUCACUGAAUAGUUUCUAUUCAAGCAGUGACCACGCUUCACACAGGGGCCCAUAAUACAGAUUUAUGAGUCAGACCCACAAGCAGACGUAGAUUAGCCUUCAUGGAGAGUGAACGAUUUUCCCAUCCACCAUCUUAUGACUUUGAGAGGUGAGGGACACCCGUUGUUCCUCCUCUACGUUCACAGGGUACAAGGACACACGACUGGCUCCGUGUGCUAUUUUCACCCAAGAAGCACAUGAUGGUUUUAAUGACGAGGCGGGGAGAUGGAAAGGAAUAGCCGUGAAGUGUUGGCCUUGUGUGCUACUUUACCUGGAGCUACGGCCUGUGUCAUGAGGCGUGUUCGUGUGGAGUGUCACUGCACCACUGGCACCACAGUCUUCGUGCACGCAGCUGUAUAGGAAACGAUCAGGAAAAUAUGGACAGUCUCUCCCUGUCAUACAUAAUUCAAACCAAUACAACAAUAAAAAAAAGUCAGAAGUGGGGAAACAACAACCUCCCAGCAGCCAGGGAUGUAUACAUCCAGUCCAAAAAGGGAAUGCAAAUAUACAGUCCUCUAUGUAGUCAUCACAACCUAAAGCCAUAAUCUAUAGUGCACCAAUGCAUUCCGUCAUAUAUGCCGUCAUAGUUUCCACUGUCCUACUUUCCUCCUUUUGUCUUUUCCAUGUCCUCUUUUCUCUGGGCCUGUUGUUCUGACCCCCCACCUCUGCCUUCACUCCUCUCAUCCUCACCUCAAUUUCCUGUCUGACCUAUUUGACCUGGCAGUGGCCAGACUAUGGCGGACACGCCCUCUGUAAGGUGAUGAUAACAAAAGUCUGUUAUGAGAGUCCAGGAACUUCCAAACGGCAUGUCAUGUGAUUAAGACUGCGCUUAUGUCAGAGUUUAAGCUUUGGAUGGACCGCAAGUCCAUUUGCUGCCCAACUGCCAGCCAGCUUUAGUGAUUGGUAACCUCAAUGAGUGGACAAGAACAGCCCACAAGAAGAGCUUUUGUUUCAUCAUUCUCCAUCUGAGCCUGCACAAUCGGACAACCAUGAACCUGAGUACGCACCAUCACCUUACCAUGAAACACUUCGACCACAGCCCGCUGCCGGCAUACAGCGAGGAGAACAUAACUCAGAAUAUCUCUGUUACUGAAUACAACAAUGAUACGGAAUGCGCCAACAUUAUGAUACCCCAGGAACUGUUCUUGACACUAGGCUUGGUAAGUUUGGUGGAGAACAUCCUGGUCGUCAUUGCCAUCAUCAAAAACAGGAACUUACAUUCUCCAAUGUACUACUUCAUCUGCUGCCUUGCCGUCUCAGACAUGCUGGUUAGUGUCAGCAAUGUGGUGGAGACUGUGUUCAUGCUGCUUAACGACAACGGACUGCUCAUGAUGAUGCCAAGCAUGAUGAAACACCUGGACAAUGUUAUAGACAUCAUGAUCUGUAGCUCAGUGGUGUCUUCGCUGUCUUUCCUCAGCACCAUCGCCGCUGACCGCUACAUCACCAUAUUUUACGCGCUGCGCUACCACAGUAUCAUGACGACCCAGCGCGCCGUCGCCAUCAUUGUCGUUGUGUGGUCGGCUAGCAUCACAGCCAGCACCAUCUUCAUUUUCUACUACACCAACAACGCGGUCAUCAUCUGCCUGGUCACUUUCUUCUUCAUCACUCUGGUCUUCACGGCGGUGCUUUACCUGCACAUGUUCAUCCUAGCGCAUGUGCUCUCCAGGCGCAUCAUGGCUUUCCACAAGAGUCGCCGUCAAGCAACAAGUAUGAAGGGCGCAAUCACUUUGACUAUCUUGCUGGGGGUCUUCAUCAUUUGCUGGGGUCCCUUUUUCCUUCAUCUCAUCUUGAUACUGACGUGCCCCAAAAACCCGCACUGCAAGUGUUUCUUCAGCCAUUUCAACCUUUUCCUGAUUCUCAUCAUUUGUAACUCUCUCAUAGAUCCACUGAUUUACGCAUACCGUAGCCAAGAGCUGCGUAAAACGUUGAAGGAACUCAUCUGCUGUUCUUGGUGUUUUGUGAUGUAGAUAUUGAUUCAGGAGAGAGAAAUGUGAACCAGAAUUCACAGUGACCGUAAUAAGCACUGACAGAUUUGAUCUUUGUCAUUAUUGUGUGAAUAUGUUGAAGUGGACUGACAGGUAAAUGGAAUGGAAAAUCGUACGAAUUUGUUGAAAAACGAAUUUCGAAAAGCUUGAAUCGCUCUAAAAGACAGUAGCCUAACGUACAGGGGUAUUGCUUACCACCUUCUAGUAUGUUUGCCAAAUCUACGCGAGUUUACAUGGAACACACCCCAUGCUCUGCGUUAAAACUGUGAGAAGACCUCCAAUGAAAAGUUAUAUGCACUCACAUCUGCAAUCCACCUCAAAAUGAAGUUGUAUUGAUUUCCCUAUUUAAAACUGCACAUAGAAUGUCAUGUGGAUAUAGAACGUUAAGUAUUUAAGUAUAUAUUUCUUAACGUUGGACUGUAGCUUGCAUGUGGUUUACGAAUAAACAGAAAAGGAAAAAUGAGAAUUCAGGAAUCACAUUGAGAACGCAAGAAC